AGUUGUAUUCGUAGCAGCAAUAAUGGCAGCGUAUUCUGAAAUGGGGGUUAUGCCUGAAAUUGCGCAGGCUGUGGAUGAGAUGGAAUGGCUGCUACCUACUGACAUCCAGGCUGAGUCCAUUCCCCUAAUUCUUGGUGGAGGAGAUGUACUUAUGGCAGCAGAAACUGGUAGUGGCAAAACAGGAGCCUUCAGUAUCCCUGUGAUCCAGAUUGUGUACGAGACCCUGAAGGAUCACCAGGAGGGCAAGAAGGGCAAAGCCUCCAUCAAGACUGGAGGAGCCAUUUUCAACACUUGGCAGAUGAAUCCUUACGAUCGCAGUACAGCUUUUGCAAUUGGUCCAGAUGGACUGUGCUGCCAGAGCAGGGAGUUUAAAGAGUGGCAUGGCUGUCGCUCUACAAAAGGUGUCACCAAAGGGAAGUACUGUUAUGAGGUGACCUGCCAUGAUCAGGGUCUGUGUCGAGUAGGAUGGUCCACCAUUCAGGCAGCACUGGACUUGGGAACUGAUAAGCAUGGUUUUGGUUUUGGAGGGACUGGAAAAAAAUCCAACAACAAGCAGUUUGACAGCUAUGGAGAGGAGUUUACCAUGCAUGACACUAUUGGAUGCUACCUGGAUUUAGACAAUGGCCAAAUUUCCUUCUCCAAAAAUGGUAAUGACCUUGGUUUGGCUUUUGAGAUCCCUCAAAAUCUGAGGAAUCAGCCUUUCUUUGCCUCCUGUGUUCUAAAGAAUGCAGAGCUGAAGUUCAACUUUGGUGGAGAAAACUUUAAACACCCCCCAAAGAGUGGAUUUGUUGCCCUGGAUCAGGCAUCAGAGGGUCACACAGCCAAAUCUUCUCAGACAGGCAGUGCCAAAGUCAGUCAGGUGAAAGCAGCAUCCAAUGCACCCAAAGCCCUGAUCAUUGAGCCAUCUAAAGAAUUAGCUGAGCAAACUCUCAACAAUGUCAAACAAUUCAAGAAAUAUGUGGACAACCCCAAACUCAGGGAACUACUUGUGAUUGGUGGUGUGGCUGCCAAGGAUCAGUUGGCUGCUCUGGAACAGGGGGUUGACAUUGUGGUGGGAACACCUGGCAGACUGGAUGACCUCAUAUCCACUGGGAAACUCAGUCUGUCCCAGAUCCGUUUUCUGGUCCUGGAUGAGUGUGAUGGGCUGCUGUCAGCAGGCUAUACAGAUUUUAUCAACAGAAUCUAUAACCAAAUCCCCCAGGUCACCUCUGAUGGCAAGAGACUGCAGGUGAUUGUAUGCUCAGCCACUCUGCAUUCCUUUGACGUGAAGAAGUUGUCUGAGCGUAUCAUGCACUUUCCCACAUGGGUGGACCUGAAGGGGGAGGACUCUGUUCCAGAGACUGUCCACCAUGUAGUGGUGCCUGUUAAUCCUAAGAGUGAUCGUCUCUGGGAGCGUCUGGGCAAGAACCACAUCCGGACUGAUGAAGUCCAUGCCAAAGAUAACACCAGACCAGGAGCAAAUUCUGCAGAAAUGUGGUCAGAAGCCAUCAAGGUGCUAAAGGGUGAGUACACAGUGAAGGCCAUCAAAGAACACAAGAUGGACCAGGCCAUUAUCUUCUGUCGCACCAAGAUCGACUGUGACAACAUGGAGCAGUACUUCAUCCAGCAAGGAGGAGGUCCAGACAGUAAAAACCACCAGUUUUCCUGUGUUUGUCUCCAUGGUGAUCGUAAGCCCAAUGAGCGGAAAAAUAACUUAGAGCGUUUCAAGAAAAAAGAGGUGAGGCUCUUGAUCUGCACAGAUGUAGCCGCCAGAGGAAUUGACAUCCAUGGAGUUCCAUACGUGAUUAACGUCACCCUGCCAGAUGAGAAGCAGAACUACGUCCAUCGUAUCGGCAGAGUCGGAAGAGCAGAGAGAAUGGGACUGGCUAUCUCCUUAGUUGCAAUGGAAAAAGAGAAGGUGUGGUACCAUGUUUGCCCGAACCGAGGCAGAGGUUGCUACAACACCCGACUGAAGGAGGAUGGAGGUUGCACCAUCUGGUACAAUGAGAAAGAGCUCCUGUCAGAAGUUGAGGAGCACCUAAAGUGCACCAUCACCCAGUGUGAGCCAGACAUCAAAGUACCUCUAGAUGAGUUUGAUGGAAAGGUCACCUAUGGUCAGCGCAGGGCAUUGGGAGGUGGUAACUACAAGGGUCAUGUGGAUGUACUAGCUCCAACAGUCCAGGAGCUGGCUAACCUUGAGCAGGAAGCCCAAACAUCCUUCCUCCACAUGGGAUACAUGCCAAACCAACUUUUCAGAGCCUUCUAAACACACCCCAAGUAGCACAACCACAAGGCUGCUUAUCCAGAAUUAGAAAUAAAUAGUACAUUUCACAUGUUAUAGCUACAAGGCACUAAAUCUUUGUGUAAGCAGCAGUGUGCAAUUAUAUUUCAAGUUUUCUUCUCACUCACAGAUAAAUAUAUGAACUCAUAUCUCAUAAAUUAAUUAAACUAUGAAAUUUAUAUUCAAAGGUUUCAAGAUGCCAACACUACACUGGGUAUGGCAAACUUCUCUACGGUCAGCACCCAGAGGAUAACCAGAUUCCUGAUUUCGAUUUUGAUAGUUUUUGUAUUUUGUUGAUUGAUACUGCUACAUGAAAUAUUUAAGUUUCUCUAUGGAGUGAUUGGCAAAAAAGUGUGUUUAAGUGGCUUGAUGUUUUCUUUUCUGAAAUAAACUAGUAGCCUGCUCAAUUA